UACAACACGGGUCAUAAAAGCCCUUAGCUUUGUUGUCACAUUUGUCAUUAUACUUGGCUCGGCAAUAACCUCUCGAAUGUCUCUUUUGCUAAUGGUCUCGCAACUUGACAUCCCUCAUGGAGAGAAUAUGAUGAACGUAGUAUACUACAACCGAACGAAUCAAAGUUUCAACCGCUCACUUCCCAUGAGAGUCGUAUGCAGCGAAUCUGUGUUAGGGCUUAGUCCUUCUAGUAAGGAUAACUCCUUCUCGGUCAGCACCAACAAAUUUCAAGCAGUUGUAUGGACAUGGGUGCUACUGUUGUGUCUAAUUACUCCCGAAUGUUUGAAACUACUCGUUUCGGUGAAGCUAUGCUUGUUCAAACCAAUUAUCUGGCCUUCUGCAACAACCCUCGGUUUGACGCUCUUUAUGGAGGGUCUACAUGCAUUCGGAUGCGCCUGGCUAACGUUUGGGAUUCUGCCGAAAUUAAAUGUUGUGCAUGGAGCCAUGCUGGCUAACUGUGUGUUCUUCGUACCAGCCAUGAUACGGCUCUGUCAUAGCAAGUGCUUUCAGAAGAUUUUUACGUUAGAAUCCGUCUGGGAAAUUGUGGUUCGAGUUGUCGUAGUGAUAUUUCAGUUGUCCGGCCUGUUGGCGUGGGCUCUAUUAGACCCACAGCGCCUGUGGGGUCUGCCAUUUUCUCUUAUACUAAUAUCCUGCGGAUGGUGGGAGAACUUUAUAGGAGCUACCGCACGUUUACUGGAGUUCAAAGAACACCUACAAGCUAGCAAAACGAUUACAAAUAUUCUUUUGGCGAUUUGGAAAAGCUUCAUCUUUCUCAUCGUCGCCGUAGCUAUCACCGGGCAGCGCGUUUCGUAUUGGCAGCCGGAACCGGAUUACGGGGCGCUCUUCUCGAACCUUCCUGAUGCGUAUCACGGAUUUUCGGUAGCAGCUUUUGAAACAGACAUCUAUAUAAACUCGUUGUUAAACGAAGAAGAAUCGAUUUUCGCACCUUUAUUCAACGUUUCAAAUGUUACACUCCUCGGUCAAAAGGAGACUUCUCCGGUGCGUGUGAAAACAAGCCUAAAGCUUGUUGGCGAGAUCCGAAGCCCAAAGUGGACCCCGCUUUUAGUUGGUCUGAUUCACGUAUUGUCCUCGUACUUGUGCUACUCGGCUUCGACCUUCGCUUGUCAAGUUGGUAUUCAACACUUUUCGAUGGCCUUCCCACUUUUGCUGGGUGUGCCCUUUACAACUGGAGUCCUUGGGUUCUUCUGUGCGUUACAAGCGGAUGAUUCGUGUUUCACGAUGGGCUUGCCCGGGUCGCACUUCUACAACUGCCUUCCACAAGGUCCCGACGAUAGCAUCGAAAAGUUUCUGCUUCACAAAUACACCUGGAUGUGGCUCUUGUGGCUGUUCAGCCAGACGCAAAUGACAUCAUAUAUAUGGAGAUCGGCGCAUCAUCGUAUGGCAAAAGUCUCCAAAUUAUUUAUGAAUUCAUACUAUUGUCCGGUGUGCGUGGAGCAAUCAAUAAUGGCAUUUCGACGAAGAGACGACCCUACGGCUACAGAGAGUGGUUUGAGGACCGAUCCAGAGCCGUCACACAGAUCUAUAUGUUCAUAUUCCAAGUUUGUCGAAGCUGAUUCUCCGGAUGUGUCGGAUCACUCAAUUGUUCGUAUCAUAGCGUGUGCGACGAUGUGGCAUGAAACUGAGGCGGAAAUGAUACAGUUACUAAAAAGCGUGCUGAGGAUGAGUGUUGAUCAGUGCAGUAUGCAACGGAACGAUCCCGACUACUACGAGCUUGAAGCGGAAAUUCUUUUCGACGAUGCCUUUGAGACUACCGACGGUGUGAGAAGGGUGAAUCGAUACGUGAAGACACUCAUUACGGCCAUGGACGUUGCAGUCAGCAAGGUAUAUGGCGCGGCCACAAAGAUCAAGCUGCCUAAAAAGGUGUCAACGCCAUAUGGGGGUCGCCUAGAGUGGGAUCUUCCCUCUCUGAAUUCGUAUCAGCUGAGCGGCAAGACACGUCUUUUCGUUCACCUUAAAGAUAAGACGCUCAUUAGAGCUCGAAAGCGCUGGAGUCAGGUGAUGUACAUGUAUUAUUUACUUGGCUAUUGCUUCCACAAGUUAAGUCUCAAUGACUAUCAAAAGAAGCUUCGAUCUAGAAAUACAUUUCUACUAGCAUUGGAUGGAGACAUUAACUUUCGGCCUCACGCCGUCAAACUGCUUGUUGAUUUGAUGAAAAAUAAUCCCUCACUUGGAGCUGCCUGUGGAAGGAUUCAUCCCGUAGGAUCGGGACCAAUUGUAUGGUACCAAAAAUUCGAGUACGCAGUAGGCCAUUGGCUCCAGAAGGCUACCGAACAUAUUUUCGGCUGUGUCCUUUGUAGUCCUGGCUGCUUUUCAUUGUUCCGUGCGGAAGCUCUAAUGGCUAAUGGCGUAAUGCAAACCUACACGACAGAGUGCACGGAACCUCAGCAUUACGUGCAAUACGAUCAAGGCGAGGACAGAUGGUUGUGUACGCUUCUCUUGCAGCGGGGAUAUGGCGUCGAGUACAGUGCAGCUUCCGACGCCCACACAUACGCGCCCGAAUCAUUUUCAGAUUUCUUCAGGCAACGACGCCGCUGGGGCCCUUCUACCCUGGCUAACAUUGUCGACCUCUUGUUAUCAGCGAAGCAGACCAUCAAAAUUAAUGCGAACAUCUCCGUUCUGUAUAUUAUGUACCAAUUUAUGCUUCUGAUAGGAAAUAUUAUCGGCCCAGGUAACAUCUUUAUGAUGAUGGUCGGCUCUUUCGUAACAGUGUUCUCCAUUGCCAUCUAUAAGGCAAUGCUCAUCAACCUUGUUCCCGUAUUACUCUUCGUUGUCGUAUGUUUCUUCUGUAAAGAUCAGAAGCAGAUCUUUCUGGCACAGGUCCUCUCGUUUCUGUAUGCGUUGGUGAUGACAGCCGUACUCAUGGGUAUCGUGAUUCAGAUUAAUGACGAAGGGCUGGGAUCACCCUCCGCUAUGUUCUUUGUAACACUUUGUAUCAGCUUCACUGUUACCGCAUUGCUACAUCCUAGGGAGUUACUAUGCAUUAUGCAUGGAAUACUGUAUUUUCUGCUAGUGCCUGCUAUGUAUCUCUUUCUAACGAUCUACUCAGUGAUGAAUCUGCAUGUGGUCGUAUGGGGUACGCGCGAAAAGCCACCAACAGCGGAAGAACAAAGAAUCAAAGAAGAAGAACAGCAAGUUAAAUAUGCUGAAAAGGCGAAAAAUUCGAUCGUUCGCCAGUUGAUCAAUGCGAUCCUAAACUGGCGCAAUGGCGACACUACCCUGAACAACACUUUGGAGGAGCUCACUUCAAAAAUAGACAAAGUGUUGACGAUAGUGGGUUCCUCAAAUACUGAGAUAAGCGCAUCAUCUGGCGGGCUAACCAACAGUAACCGUAGCGAUAACGAACCACAACAAUCAAACGCAGAAACUGAAGGCGAAGAAAACAAGGUUGAGUGCGAUGUCUCUGAAGUCGCAAAAGAGGUGGAUUUACCCCUGUGGAAAACAGAAAGAAUGUGUGCGUGGCAAUCUGAUCCUGAGGUUCCUACAGGACCGAACACAGAACUGCAUGAACAUGAAGUACGAUUCUGGAACGAUAUGUUGGAUGAAUUUCUCAGACCACCUGAAGAAUCAAUUCAGGAUCGGAAAGCGAUGCAGAGAAGUCUCAUUGAGCUCCGGAACAAUAUCUGUUCUGCCUACUUCAUGUUGAACGCUCUCUAUGUUUUGGCCCUGUUUUUUCUGCAAAUCAAUAAGGACAGCCUUUUCAUAGAAUGGCCUUUUGGUGGAAAUCACACUAUCCAAUUUGUGCCGAUCACAAGGCAAGUAACAAUUACGCGAUACUACCUUCAUCUCGACCCAAUUGGACUUGGCUUCGUGGUAUUCUUUGCCGUUGUACUGUUCGUACAAUUUUUGGGAAUGCUAUUACACCGGCUUGAGACAUUCAAAUAUGUUUUGGCUGUUGCCACGGUACGGGGUCAAAACAGCCGAAUUGGACGACGAGGAACUAUAACUCAAGCUGUAGGUCAUCAACCGAGUGAACUACUGAGUAACGAUAGUCUCCAUUCUGCGAUAUCUGAAGAAAGGCACGCUGACAUUACUGACAAACUGGCCGAGACGGAACAAGCUACAGAAACAGCCUGUGAUGAAGUCAUACAACUAUGCGACACCCUGCCCUUCAUACGUUCUAAUGUGUCCUCGACGGAUACUGGAGAAUCGAAGGAACGUAUUGAUAAUCAUGAUCAUCCCCCCGGCGCACAAGGCGAUGCGAAUUACGACCUUCUAGCAAUCCAGUUGGAGCAUUCGUCCUCGGACGCUUUGGCGCAGACAACAGGCAAUGCUGCGUCGGCCGAUAGCCAAGACGUUCCAUUCUACGAGGUUACACUCGUUGAUCAGCACUUUGUCCCGUCGAACGAACUCACAAAUCGGACACAUGCCAGUGACUCAUCAGAACUCAACGAAUAUUCGAUGUCGAAAUAUUCUAGAAAAAAACGACAAGGUGUUGGAUCGAAAGCGGUUUCUGUCACGUGGACUCACCUGGCGUCUUCCGCGGAUUCCAAGAACCAUUUCUGAUAAGAUCGAAAUGGUUUCCGUAACUACCAAUGAAACAAAACAAGACUGAACGGAGUUCAAAUCCUCUGCAUGUAUCGUCGCCGUUUCUUUAUAGCUGAUUCACGAAGCGCACUCUUAUCGGAGAGAGUAGUAAAUAGGAAGCAUACAUGGUUGACGAAAAAGGAAACAGACAAACUAUCGAACACCUUUUAAAGGUGUAUAUUGUCAUAAUACAUACGAAACAUCUGGUCCACGUUUAUGCAUUCUAGCAAUGUCUUUUUUUUCCCAACAUUAGUCGAAUUUAAUUCAAAUAUCUGAAUAUCU